GCGGGCAGGAACGGGAGCUGCCGCCCUGUAAGGCUGCUCGGCUGCGCCGAGGCUCCGCGCUGGCCGCGCCCCCUGCCCCGCUGAGCAGCCGGACGAGCCGGGGAGAGGGAGCGGCGCCCACCGAGCUCGGGAGGCGGCUGCGGGGAGCGGAGCUCUGUCCCGGCCGCCGCGGGAGGCCGGAGGGAGACGGGGCCCAGCGAGGAAGGCGAGGAUAAAUGGGUGUGUAUGACUUUUCCCCUGAUCUAAAGCGGUUCCAUGUCUUGUUUGGACUGCUCCUGUAUUCUGCGUACACCAGUUGAAUCAAUCAGACCAGAAGAGCUAUCUCAGAGCAGCAUCCAUGAAUGCCUGGCUGAUUCUGAUCUAGCCUGGAUCCCCCCAACUACAGGAAAGAAUGAAAUGGUAUUUUGCUCUUCUGAUGUCUCUCAUUAUGAACUCCAGCUGGAAAUAGGAAGGAGGUUCAACAAUUUAACUUCAGUCUACCUUGCACGGCAUACACCUACAGACAGGCAAGUUGCUGUAAGGAUCACAGACCUUGAAAAUUGCUCUGAAGAGCACUUGAAAGCCUUACAGAAUGAGGUGGUUUUAUCACACUUUUUCCAGCAUCCCAACAUAAUGACAUUUUGGACAGUGUUUACAGCUGGAAGCUGGCUUUGGGUCAUCUCCCCAUUCAUGGCCUAUGGUUCAGCUAGACAUCUGCUGAAGACUUACUUUCCUGAAGGAAUGAGUGAAGCUUUGAUAGGGAACAUUCUGUUUGGUGCAAUCAGAGGAUUAAAUUACAUGCACCAGAAUGGAUAUAUUCACAGGAAUAUUAAAGCUAGCCACAUUCUGAUUUCAGAGGAUGGGCUGGUUUCUCUCUCUGGCCUAAACAACCUCUACAGUUUAGUUAGCAAUGGACAGAAGUCAAAGGUGGUGUAUGAUUUCCCCCCAUUUAGUACAUCUGUGCUUCCUUGGCUGAGUCCUGAACUACUGAGACAGGAUCUGUCUGGCUAUAACAUGAAGUCUGACAUCUACAGUGUGGGAAUUACAGCAUGUGAAUUAGCCAAUGGACAUGUUCCAUUUCAAGAUAUGCCUCGCACUCAGAUGCUGCUGCAAAAGCUGAAAGGUCCCACCUACUGUCCUUGGGAUAUAAAUACCUUUCCCCGGGGGGAAUCCAGGAUGAAGAAUUCCCGAUCAGGUGUUGAUUCUGGGAUUGGUGAGAGCAUGACACGCACAAUGACCAGUGAAAGACUUCAAAUGCCCUUUUCCAAAACAUUUUCACCUGCUUUCCACAACUUGGUAGAACUUUGCUUGCAACAGGACCCUGAGAAAAGGCCAUCAGCAAGCAGUUUGCUUUCGCAUACGUUCUUCAAACAGAUAAAGGAACAAACACAGAAUUCACUACUGUCCCUAUUACCACCUCCUAUUCAAAAUAACAGAUCAGAGUUCUUGGCACUGCCCUCAACAGCAGCUGGGACUGAACUUGGACGUAUUGCUACAAAUCAAGAUGAUACAGACUGGGAAUUCUAAAGAAAUACCAAUGAUACCUCUCCAGUGUUUCAGAGAAAGAAAAUGUGAUUUGUAUUUGCUGCUUUUGUAUGAUUAAAAUACAGUUAGACCAAGUAUACUUGAAAUGCCAUGAAAUGGCUCUAAUUCAUUACCCUCCUCUUGGCAUCACAAAAUGCAGCGUGCCUCACUCUCUGACUGCAAGGAAAACCGUGUAUAAAGAAUGGCUGAGUGCUCACCUCUCUCUCCCAAAGUCUUCCUUAACAAGAGAGUCUCUGCUGUGAUCUUACUCUGUACUGUAUUACCAGCUCACAGUGCUGCACUCCACAUGCCUUUCUGAAUACAGGCCUGGGGUUUGGCUGUGAUCUUACCUAAACAUCUACUUGUCUUUUCAUUAUGACCCAAAUCAUUUUAGUAAGGAGAAAUCCUCCACUUCCAAGUUGAAAUGUGAAACUGCACAGAUUACUUGCUUAUGUAAAUAAAUGUUUCUCUCUCAAAAGACAUUUUUCUUACUU